CAUGCUUGAAAACAACCGCGUCUUCAUGACAGGGAAAAACCCACAGCUCUGUGAAAUAUUACUUUAAAUGGAGGCUUUAGCUUUUCACUUCAACCUGCGCUCCAUGGUGAGGUGAGCACAGUCCUUUCUGAAAAUGGAUAGGGGGUGGUUCAUAGACCAUGCCAGGAUACUUCCCACUAAAUCUGAACAGCCGAUGCCCAGCAGCAGCAGUGUCUCAAGGCCUCGCAUGACUAUUAACUUGACUGAAAUGCUUCAAGCUGACAAACCCAAUGCCACAAGGAAGCCUGUUCCAAUUCGUCCGCCAAGCCCCAGAGUCUCCCUGCCAAAAGAACAAGAGUCCCACCGUUUUCUCUCCUACGAACCCACGCCUAAACCCAUCAUCCGACAACGGUCACGCUCCCUGCCUUCUGCCACAGAGAAGAAAAAGAAGCGGUGCAGAAGCGUCGGCGUUAGGUUUGUUGAUUCGUUGGGACUGGACCUGGAAGACGUAAGGGUUUUCGAAUCGGGCGAGGAUCCAUUUGUGCCGCAUCAUGUCAGCUUUAGAUUACUGAUGGGUGCCGAAAUGGCAGAUGGAAAGCACUUGGAGAUUUCAUUGCCGUACCUGAAGCCAGACUUUGCCAAACAACCUGGCGACCAGCCAGGAUUCCUGCACCGCCUUCAAGAGCAGAAAGUCUGUCUUGAGAGAGUCUUGUGUUUUGAACUUGGGAUUGUUGGAAUCACACAUGUCAUCAACUUACACUUUGAGAAGGAUGUCACAGUUCGGUAUUCAUUCACAGAGUGGAAAAGUUCAGCUGAAGCUAAGGCCACUUGGGUGUCCAGCAUCACCAAGACCUGGGAAGGAGGAGCGGGGGAAUUCAGCUGCGACACGUUUCGUUUCCAUCUGCCAGUCCCUCCAUUCUUGUGUCCUGGAGCAUUUUUAGAGUUUGCCAUUCAAUACAAAGUUAAUGGAGCUGAAUACUGGGACAACAAUGAUGGGAAAAAUUAUAAAUUACUCUGCCAAAAUUACAAACUCACUGUGCCUAAAGAAUGUGAAGAUAGCAUGCUGCAUUUCAUUUAGGAUGCACACUAAAUGUCAAAUAAAUUUAUUUUGAGCACUUUAUGACUGUUAGUAGAAUUAAAAAUAACUGCAAAGCAGCUUCUUAAUUUUGUUAGCAGCAACAUUAAGUUGGAUUGGAGUUAAACUCUUGCAAACUCGUAACCAGAGUAAAAAGAACGAGCACAAAUAAGUUUAAAAAAUUGCACUGGAUAAUGAAAGUUUCUAAAAUAAAACAGAAAAAGCAAAACACUUCAUGAUGGCAGCAACAGAUAAUUGUUCUGUGAAACGGAAAUGAACAGACUUCAGUUUACUGUUGACUCGCAACAGGAUAUCCAACAAAGCAAAUUAUUUAAUACGAUGCAGAAAUUUGGUUUGAUGUGCCAAAUUAUUUCUGUUUCUAUAAUUUAUUUUUGAUAUAGAUAUUUUCAAACAGAGCACUGCAUAAUAAAUAAUUUUUUCCCACAAAUUAGAAAUGGUUGUUUAUGUAUAAUAACAAACUUUGACGAGCCAUUUUCAUGCCAUCAUUUGUAUUUUUAAGAAAUAAAAAUAAAGUCACAUUUUAUGAUCA